UUGUUCUUUUUUUUCAUUCUAUUCUCUCUUUGGUUGCGAUUCACUUGAAACACUAAUUACCAUUUGUUUUAGAUUAAUUUCUUUGUUGUUUUUUUGUUUCCUGUCAUGUUGUUGUCCAAUUUUUUAACACCUUUUUCUUCAAGUGUACUAUCCAAAGUGACCAUCUAAAAGUGACCAACAAAAAAAAAAAAAAGAGAGUUUAUUUUUAUUAAUUGUUGAGGUGUUUUUCUUUUCUCUUUACCAUUAUUCAUCUUUUUUUCUAUUCUAAAAUUUUUUAUUCCAUUUCCUCCUCCCUGUUGUUAGUUUUUAAAAUUCAAUUCCAUCUUUGUUAUCACCCGUUAUAUCUUUCACCCCACACCACCACCAUUUCCAUAAUCAUCAUCGUCAUCAUCAUCAUCUUCACCAUUGUGUCACAUACUCUUACAAUCUCUUCUCUUUCUCUCUUUCUUUCUUUCUCUCUCAUUUCCCUAUCACCUUCACCCUGUAGCGUCUUAAUCUUAUAUAUUUCAUCGUUUCUCUUUUAUCCACAUUGUUUCCCACCUUCACCUUCACCACCACCACCACCAUUUACCAUCAACAUCAAUGUACAGCCAUCAACCUCAACAUACUCUUCAACAACAACACCAUCUUAAUAUCAAUCAUGAUAAUUUUAAUAAAAUUGCUUCUCACCUCAACAACAAUGAGCCAACAACUCGUACACCUUUUACCAUUUCCCGAUCUUAUUCAUCUAAUUCAUCUUUGAAUUCAAAUGAUUCUUUUAACAAAGAUAAACGUCGACCACCUCUACCACCAAAAGGACACAUCAUGUACCAUCCUUCCCGUUAUAAGACAGAAUUAUGUCGACAAUGGGAAGAAUUGGGCUAUUGUGAGUACGAUGAUCGAUGCCUUUUUGCUCAUGGUGCCUUUGAACUUAAAUGUUUACCCAAUCGUCAUCCCAAAUAUAAAACUGAAAAAUGUUCCGCUUUCCAUGAACAAGGAUUCUGUUCUUUUGGUCCAAGGUGUUCUUUUAUUCACUCAAAGGGUGAUCCCGCUGAUCUUUUAGAAAAAGUCUUAACCACCUUACCUAAAAUUCCCAUGCCUGAGAAUCCAGAGGAUAAGGAAAACGAAAUCACCAUGGCUUUUGCCGAAGAUGAUGAUCGUUUACCCAUUUUUAAGAAAAUAGCCCCAACAUUUACUUCAUCAUCUUCUUCCAGCACCGCAAACACAUCAACAGGUUCUGAGUCGUUGAAUUAAUUCAAAACCAUAGAAAACAAUUUAAAAAAAAAACAAUCAACAUGUUAUUAAUUAGUUGAAUUAUAUAUAGAGCGAUUAUCUAUUUAUGUAACUUUUGUCACUUGUCCCAUGGUCACUUUCAUUGUUUACCCAUUUUCGUACCUCAUCUUUUUAUAUAUAUUUAUCAUCAUACCUUCAAAUGUCAUAAUCUCACCUUUCACCCCCCACAAAAACACUCAUAUAUACUGUACACAGUUUAGAAAAUCUGAAAAUUCUAUUUAGAAUUUUUAAUCAAAAUUCUUAGUCACAAAUCCAAAGAAAAAAAUAUCGCAAUCUCUUUAUCUCUCUUUCCAUAUAUAUUUAUAAUAUAUUUUUCCAUAAUUGUUUUAUUGUCGUUAUCAAUUUAGUAAAGACGUAAUUAAUAAAAAGAAAAUUAUUUCAAAUUAGAAACAAUUAA